CUGUCCCGCAUGAGGCCCACGACUGGAUGUCGACCUAGCCUUCUCAAGUUCUCGUUGAUGUCCAGUUGUUCGACCCUGGCUGAUUGACCACGCACGUCAGAUUCAGACAGCCUAGUAUCCGCAGUUCGAUUAGAGGCUCCACCAUAUGUAUGGCAUCAGGAAGUCUCGGUCGUCACGAUCACCUAAGGUGGAUACUGAGAGUGCUUCCUGGUGAUUCCCGGUCGACUACUAAUCUCUUUUAUACUGUGUGGCCAAUAGCUCAGGCUCAUUCGAAAUCGCCCACUUGCAACGGUGCAAUAUGGCAGCUCCGAGCGCUUCAGCGAUUUCAAAGUUGCACCCGCAACCAGGUGCAGAUGAGGCGACUCUCGCCAAGCUAGGAUAUAAGCAGGAAUUUCGCAGGGAAUUCACUCCGCUAGAGGUGGCUGGACUUGCAUUCAGCAUCGUUGGAGUGGUUCCUUCUAUAGCCUCCGUGCUCUUCUAUAUAAUACCAAACGGUGGACCUGUUGCGAUGGUUUGGGGUUGGGUAUUUGCUUGCCCCUUUAUUAUGUGCACCGGGUUAGCGUUGGCAGAGCUCGCAUCAGCAGCACCUACUUCUGGCGGCCUAUAUUAUUGGACUUACUCUCUCGCUUCUCCACGAUGCCGCAAUUUUCUGUCUUGGAUAGUUGGCUAUUCGAAUACCAUAGAGAUGAUCACGGGAGUUUCUUCCAUAAACUGGGCCUGUGCAAUUCAAAUUACUGCAGCAAUCAGUAUUACCUCCUCUGACCAGACAUAUACGACUACCAACCAGCAGCUCUACCUUUGCUUCAUAAUCAUCAUCGCGCUUCCGAUCGCGACGCCACCGGAUUAUCGAAACAGCGCAAAUUUUGCGCUAGGGGAAUUCACCAACUUGGCUGGCUGGCCAUCCGUAUUCGCAUUUAUUUUGAGCUUAAUGGCUCCUCUUUAUACAAUAGCGGGUUAUGAUACUAGCGUUCACAUGAGUGAGGAGGCCUCAAAUGCCGCUAUGGCGAUACCGUGGGCAAUAGUCAGUUCUAUUGCCGUAUCAGCUGUCCUUGGUUGCGGAGUCAACAUCUCCCUUGCCUUUUGCAUGGGCACUGAUGUCGGCAGCCUCCUCAAUAGCCCUAUUGGCCAGCCUAUGGCACAAAUCUUAUUCAAUUCGCUCGGGCAGCAAAAAGCUCUGGCUCUAUGGUGUCUUAUUAUUAUAGCGGAGUACAUCAUGGCAUCGAACUUCCUCCUGGUCGGCUCUCGCCAAACGUUUGCAUUUGCUCGUGAUGGAGCCAUACCUUUUUCACGGUAUUUAUACCGGAUCAAUCGCUACACAGGAACACCCGUCAAUACAGUGUGGUUCGAAAUCAUCUGCUCUCUGGCAAUCGGACUUUUGUCGUUCAUGAGCACCGAAGCCAUCGAUGCAGUAUUCACAAUUGCUAUCACCGCGUCGUAUAUCGCCUACAUAACGCCGAUCACCAACCGCUUUGUGUUCCAGAAUGAUUUUAAACCCGGUCCGUUUUAUCUGGGGAAACUGAGCUUUCCGGUCUCUGUGAUCGCUGUGACGUGGAUGGCCUUCAUGAUCCUUGUUUUCUUCUUCCCCGCGAUCCCGCAAACAACAGCACAGGAGAUGAACUAUACAGUUGUGGUACUUGGAGGGUUCAUGUUUCUGGCGAUUUCCUGGUAUUAUUUUCCGGUGUACGGAGGCGUACAUUGGUACACUGGACCCAUAUCCAACUAUACGCCGGCCAUCAGAGGUGAAAACAAAGAUGAAGAUUCUAUAUCGGAGAGGAAGGAACAUGAUGCCGAGAUCUAUGUUUCAGUUGUGGAUGUAUAAGCAGUCAUACAGUGUUGUAUACAAACAUAGAGUACGAGUUUUUCAAAAUUUGGCCUCGCUGCCUUCGCUAGGACUUUGGAAAAUUGGUUAUGGAGGAUUGCCAUGACGUGUAAAACGCU